CGUUCAGAGAGAAGACACAGAAGAAAGAGAGAGACGGAGGACGGGAAGGCAGAAGAAGAGGAGGGAAUAGUAAAGAAUUCAGGAAUAGACCAUAUUUUUUUUUACGUCUACGUGACGUUAGGUUUUCCGUAGAUCAAGGAAAAGUCAACCGCUUUUACGUUGCGACAACACGAGGACAGAGAGGAGAGAGACCGCACCGAAGAGCUUGUCUUUGUAUUUAAAAUAAGUGUAGACGCUACUGCUGAUUUGUAGGCUGUCCUAAACCUUUUCUACGCUGUAUUCGAAUACCGUAAAUAACUAAUUAUAGCCUUUAAAAUAUAUAUAUAUAUUUUUUAGGUCAAUUUGAUUUGGAAACCACGAAGUGAACCUAAUGCCGUGCUCUUUUUUUUUUUUGCAAGAAAGGAACAAUCUCAGUCAUAUAGUUGAAUUGAAUAGCUUCUCCUUAUGAGAAUCACGGCUGUUUAGCACGAACGAUACCCGAAACAACGCGUCUGAAACUCGCUCUACCGCCACAACUUUCAGGAUUUCCUUCAGCCGACCGACCAUGGCUGCGGUUACCAGCCCAGAGACGAGCCCUCAACCCCGGGUAUAUUUCCAGACGGUAGCCGCCGGUUCAACCGAAGAACCGGAGAUACCUGUUCGGAAGCAAGGGCGAGUAACCGUCAAAUAUGACCGGAAAGAACUAAGAAAGAGACUAAACCUGGAAGAAUGGAUAAUCGACCAGCUAACGGCUCUUUACAACUGUGAGGAGGAGGCCAUACCAGAGUUGGAGAUAGAUGUGGAUGAGCUGCUGGACAUGCCUAGCGAUGACGACAGAGGAGCCAGAGUUAAAGAUCUGCUGAUAGACUGUUACAAACCCACUGAGGACUUUGUGUCUGGUUUGCUGGAUAAGAUACGUGGCAUGCAGAAACUCACCACCCCCCAGAAGAAAUAACCUCAACCCUGAGUCACCCCUCCUCCUCACCCCCUGCCUCCUCUCUCCUCCCGCCUCCCUCUCUCACUCCAACCUCACCCCAAGAAACAGGAGCUCGGCUUCCUCAGAGAUAGAGGAGAAAAAGAGGAGUAAGAUAGGUGAUUGAAGCAGCCAAUCAGAUCCAAGCAGGGUGUAUGAUGUUAUAUCCUGUGAUUUUUAUUUUAUUUUAAUGCUUUAUUUAGUUUACAUUUAUUUCGAUUUUUUGUUUUGUUUUUUUGUAUUGUUGUUAAAUAAUCAAAUGAUCGGUCAUAUUUCUCAUGUUAAUGAGUGAAUAUAGUAUACUAUAAUGAUAUAUAUAUACUAUAAUGAUAUAUAUAUAUACUAUAAUGAUGCUGUAAGCCAAGCCCAGGAUAUAUUCUGAGUUUUAGUAGCCAAGUAGGGGAG